UCAAACACCUAGCGGUUGAUGCCUCAAGAACCACCGAUGUCCGAUGUCCGAAUAGAAAAGAACUGAAGUGGGAUGCAAUGCAGUGAUAUAAACAUCAACUUUGUUUCUCGCAGAAAAAUGCGAAACUUUUGUUAGUUCCUAUCCCUCCUACCUCCUUGCUAAACAAAUAGUGACUGACAUGUAAAGUCAUCAAAGAAGGCUAUUUGAAUGCGCUUAUAUUCAGUAAUCAAAUAUCUGAAAUGUCUGAAAUAGACGAUGAAGUUUUGUCUCUGCACCAAGAAUUUGACUGGCUUCUGCAGGAGGAAGUUACUGUAAUUCUUCAGCAGUUGCAUGAUAUUGUGAUAGAGUGUGCUCGACGUUUCCCUAUAUCUUCCCAUGCGGCUGAAUCCCUAGUCAAAAGUGAAAAAUUUCUCCUGUCAAAUAAUAGCUCUUCCUCAAUUGGUGCUGCAGCAGAUCAGAUUCAAGCAAUUGUCACCCUUGUUGGGGAUAACAUUAGCCAUGCGGAUAUUCAUUUAAAAAUUCACAAACAUCCUAUACCAUCUCACAGAACCAUUGUACAAAAUGAUUGUCAGUGGAAGCUGCAGCAGAUUCAGGAUGCUGGAAAUCAUCUUUCCCUUGCUCUUCAGAUCUUUUCGUCCCUUCCACCAACUAAUGCUAGAGGAAAACUAGACUUUCAUAGUGGUGAAGAAGUAAUAAAUGUAAGAAAAUAACUGAAU